CAAGUUGUUUCAUUUCUUGGGAUAAGAUACGCUGAACCACCUGUAGGUGAAUUGCGUUUUAAAAAACCAAAAAAAGCUAAACUUUUGGGUGGGUUGAUGGACACAACAAAGUGGGCUAAUUCUUGCUUUCAACCAACAGACAACAACUUUGGAAAUUUUUUUGGCUCGAACAUGUGGAACCCAAAUACACCCAUGGAUGAAGAUUGUUUAUUCUUGAACGUUUUCGUGCCCCAACAGGCUUUGGAAGGAACGACUACCCAAAAGCUUUCGGUGAUGAUUUGGAUUUACGGAGGAGGGUUUUACAGUGGGACAUCAUCUUUAACUAUGUACGAUGGAAAGUCUCUGGCCGCUAGUAAUGGCGUCAUCGUUGUGACUAUAAAUUAUCGGGUGGGAAUAUGGGGAUUUUUUGGUUUAGGAAAUUCCGAAACACCGACCAACGUUGGUCUGUGGGAUCAACUGUUGGCUUUGGAGUGGGUGAAUACACAUAUACACGGUUUUAAUGGUGAUCCAAAUUCUGUCACAUUGUUCGGAGAAAGUGCAGGUGCGGUUAGCGUCAGUUUGCACUUAUUGUCGCCUCUCAGUUGGAAAUAUUUUAACCGAGCCAUAAUGCAGAGUGGCACUGCAAACAUGCCGUGGGCCGUCAUGACGAUGAACGAAACAAUACGCAGGUCCAAAGCUUUGGUUGAAGCACUCAAUUGUAAUAAUUCACGAAAUAUUGCUAGUGAAGUAAAGUGUAUGCGUGACGUCAGUAAUGAUAAAAUUAUAGACAACCAGUGGGUGUCAAGAGGUUUCGUACAAUUCCCUUUUGGCCCUACGAUUGACGGAGAAUUUGUAACGGAACAUCCGGAUGAGUUACUACGUAAAGGCCUAUUUAAAAAAUGUCCAAUAUUACUUGGCAGUAAUGCAAAUGAGGCUUCUUUCUUUCUGAUAUACGAAUUUGGUGAGUUAUUGACAUUGAACAGUAUGAAGAUGUCACAAAAAAAUGCCACUGACUGUAUAAAUUCCGUGUACAAUUAUUAUCCACAGUUUCCUAAAAUUGUACCAAGUGACGUUUUGAAAGCAAUUAAUUUUUAUUACACCCACGAAACCGAGGAAAGUGCUCCUGAUUUGGAACAUUUCAAAAAUCUGGAUGAAGCAGCUUCUGACGGCCAGUUUCUGUGCCCUUUGAACGAAUUUAGCAAAGCGUUUGUUGAGUCCGAUUUGCCAGUUUACAUGUACUACUUCACAGAAAGAUUGGACAAUCAUCUGUGGCCAAGUUACAUGGGUGUGUUGCAUGCCGAUGAAAUCUUUUUCAUGUUCAGCGACGAAAUCCAAACCAAAAUAAAAUUUACCGAAAGAGAAACUGGGUUCUCUAGACUAAUGUCUAAAUUGUGGGCGAAUUUUGCAAAA